AUGAGUGAAAACUUGAAGGACUGUUUGAUCCAGACCCAGGCUUCCUUAGGGGAGAUGGUGACGAUAAAAACAGAGGCCUGCUCUCCGCGCCGGGACCAGGAGUAUGGACAGCCUUGCUCUGGAAGGCCUGACCCACAGUCCAUGGAGGUGGAGCCCAAGAAACUGAAAGGGAAACGGGAUUUGAUCAUGACCAAGAGCUUUCAGCAAGUGGAUUUCUGGUUUUGCGAGUCCUGCCAGGAAUACUUCGUGGAUGAGUGCCCGAACCAUGGCCCCCCGGUGUUCGUGUCUGACACCCCAGUGCCCGUUGGCAUCCCUGACCGGGCAGCGCUGACCAUCCCGCCUGGAAUGGAGGUGGUGAAAGAGCCCAAUGGGGAGAAUGACGUGCGCUGUAUGAAUGAGGUGAUCCCCAAAGGUCACAUCUUCGGGCCGUACGAGGGGCAGAUCUCUAGCCAGGACAAGUCUGCAGGAUUCUUCUCGUGGCUGAUUGUUGAUAAGAACAACCGCUACAAAUCCAUCGAUGGGACAGAUGAAACCAAAGCAAACUGGAUGAGGUACGUGAUCAUCUCCCGGGAGGAGAGGGAGCAGAACCUGAUGGCCUUCCAGCACAGCGAGAGGAUUUACUUCCGCGCCUGCCGUGACAUUCGCCCUGGGGAGAAGCUGCGGGUCUGGUACAGUGAGGAUUACAUGAAGCGGUUGCAUAGUAUGUCCCAGGAGACCAUCAACAGGAAUCUCACAAGCGGAGACAAAAAGUUGCAGAGGGAAAAGUCAGAAAAGAAUGUGGAAAACCAAGAGGACGCAAGGGGGCCGCUCCAGCUUGCGACCUUCAAGCAAGGGAAGAGCCCCUACAAGCGCAGUUGUGACGAGGGGGAAUCCCACCCCCAAACAAAGAAAAAAAAGAUUGACCUCAUCUUCAAAGAUGUUCUGGAGGCUUCCCUGGAAUCUGCAAAAUUUGAAGAAAACCAGUUAGCAACGAGUACACCGGUUUCCCUCAGAAAAGCAUCUAAAUACCAGGCUGAAGACAUCUUCGAGAGGUGUGGCGGUGCCAUGCAGCACGGCUCCCUGAACCUUGGCAGAAACCGGAGCGAGGGGGAAUGGAAGGUCCCCCACGGUUCCUCUUUCAGCUCAGCCAAAGAGGUGGGCAUCCUUGAAGAUGAGGAAGAAGAGCCCCUGUCACUCCCAGCAGACAGCCCGACUGAGCUGUCACUGGCCUCUGCACAAGGCAACUCCCACGAAAUCCCCACCACCUCCUUCUGCCCCAACUGCAUCCGGCUGAAGAAGAAAAUCCGGGAGCUGCAGGCCGAGUUGGACAUGCUGAGAUCUGGGAAGUUACCCGAGCCACCUGUGCUACCGCCCCAGGUACCCGAGCUCCAAGAGUUCUCGGACCCCACAGCUUCAGAAAGCAUCAUCUCUGUUCCCACCAUCAUGGAGGACGAUGACCAAGAGGUGGAUUCCGCUGAUGAAUCGGUUUCCAACGACAUGAUCGCUGCUACAGACGAGCCUUCCAAGAUGUCUUCUGCGACGGGCCGGAGGAUACGGCGGUUCAAGCAAGAGUGGCUUAAAAAGUUUUGGUUUCUGCGGUACUCCCCGACAUUGAAUGAAAUGUGGUGCCACGUCUGUAGGCAGUAUACAGUGCAAUCCUCUCGGACUUCAGCCUUCAUCAUUGGCUCAAAGCAGUUCAAGAUACACACGAUAAAGCUUCACAGCCAGAGCAACCUCCACAAGAAGUGCCUGCAGCUUUACAAGCUCAGGAUGCACCCAGAGAAGACAGAGGAAAUGUGCCGAAAUAUGACCCUGCUCUUCAAUACGGCGUACCACUUGGCCCUGGAGGGCAGGCCCUACUACGACUUUCGGCCUCUGGCAGAACUACUGAGAAAGUGCGAACUCAAGGUGGUGGAUCAAUACAUGAACGAGGGAGACUGCCAAAUCUUAAUCCACCAUAUCGCCCGGGCUCUUCGAGAGGACCUGGUUGAACGCAUCCGACAGUCUCCCUUCCUCAGCAUCAUUCUGGACGGGCAGAGCGACGACUUGCUUGCCGACACGGUUGCGGUUUAUGUGCAGUACACGAGCAGCGACGGGCCUCCGGCAACCGAAUUCCUCUCUCUUCAGGAACUCGGCUUUUCUACAACAGACAGUUACCUCCAAGCGUUAGACAGGGCUUUUUCGAGCCUGGGAAUACGAUUGCAGGAUGAGAAGCCAACUAUUGGCUUGGGAGUCGAUGGUGCUAACGUUACCGCCAGCCUGAGAGCCAACUUGUUCAUGACAAUCAGAAAAACCUUGCCCUGGCUUCUCUGCCUGCCCUUUAUGGUGCACAGGCCCCACUUGGAAAUUUUGGAUGCCAUCAGUGGGAAGGAACUCCCGUGCCUGGAGGAGCUAGAAAACAAUUUGAAGCAACUGCUCAGUUUCUAUCGUUACUCUCCCCGACUCAUGUGCGAGUUGAGGGUCACUGCUGCCACUCUGUGUGAGGAGACCGAGUUCUUGGGGGACAUUCGAGCGGUGAAGUGGAUCAUUGGGGAGCAGAAUGUGCUCAAUGCUCUAAUCAAGGAUUACCUUGAGGUCGUGGCCCAUCUCAAAGACGUCAGCGGCCAGACCCAAAGGGCGGACGCUUCUGCCAUUGCCUUGGCCCUCCUGCAGUUCCUGAUGGACUACCAGUCGAUUAAACUCAUCUACUUCCUGCUGGAUGUGAUUGCUGUGCUUUCACGCCUUGCCUACGUCUUCCAAGGGGAGUACCUUCUUGUGUCGCAAGUGGACGAUAAAAUAGAGGAGGCCAUCCAGGAGAUCAGCCGGCUAGCAGACUCACCCGGGGAGUACUUGCAGGAGUUUGAGGAAAACUUCCGUGAAAGCUUUAAUGGCAUUGCUGUGAAAAACCUACGGGUGGCCGAAGCCAAAUUCCAGUCGAUCAGAGAAAAGAUCUGCCAGAAGACCCAGGUGAUCCUAGCCCAAAGGUUCGAUUCCCGUAGCCGGACAUUUGUGAAGGCCUGUCAGGUGUUUGACCUUGCAGCUUGGCCCAGAAGCACGGAUGAGCUCAUGAGCUAUGGGAAGGAGGAUAUGGUACAAAUAUUUGAACACCUGGAGACGGUCCCAUCAUUUUCCAGAGAGGUUUGCAGAGAGGGGUUGGACACCCGAGGGAGUCUGCUGAUGGAGUGGCGAGAACUCAAGGUGGAUUAUUAUACCAAAAACGGUUUUAAAGACUUGCUCAGUCACAUUUGUAAAUAUAAACAGAGAUUCCCCCUCUUAAAUAAAAUAGUUCAGAUCCUCAAAGUCCUUCCCACCUCAUCGGCCUGCUGUGAGAAGGGGCGCAACGCCCUGCAGAGAGUGCGCAAAAACAACCGCUCUCGGCUCACGCUGGAGCAGCUCAGUGAUCUUUUGACAAUUGCCGUUAACGGGCCGCCUAUUGCCAACUUCGAUUGCAAAAGGGCGCUAGAUAGCUGGUUCGAGGAGAAGUCGGGCAAUAGUUACGCACUGUCAGCCGAAAUGCUGAGCAGGAUGUCGUCUCUUGAUCAGAAGCCGAUGUUGCAGAGCAUGGACCAUGGCUCUGAGUUUUACCCCGAUAUUUAGGAAGGAAUGCCUCAGAUCAGAAAGCUGUUGAAUAAUUUUUUUAAUCUAUACUCUAAACUUUGAUAAAAAUAUAUAUAUAUACAACUAUUCAUUCAAAACCAGGGCUGCUGUGGAAGCUAGACAGCCAAUGAGUCAAGAGCCAUCUCUGGGUGGAGAUUCAAAGGCUUAAAAAAUUAUAUUCUAAUUUACAUUAUUUAUACUAUGUCUUUAUAAUCCUAGAUUGUUGUGGGUUUUUUGUUUUGUUUUGUUUUGUUUUGUUUGGUAUGACUGAAAGAAAAA